GAGGGUCAGCCUGCGAGAGCCCGCGGGGGCCGCAGUCGUCUACGCCGUCCGAAGAGCGCGUGCGGGAGCACCAAGCAGCCCUCGCCAUGAGGGAGAUCGUGCACAUCCAGGCGGGCCAGUGCGGGAACCAGAUCGGCACCAAGUUUUGGGAAGUGAUCAGCGAUGAACAUGGUAUCGACCCGGCCGGAGGCUACGUGGGAGAUUCGGCGCUGCAACUGGAGAGAAUUAACGUCUACUACAAUGAGUCAUCCUCUCAGAAAUACGUGCCCAGGGCUGCGCUGGUGGACUUGGAGCCGGGCACCAUGGAUAGUGUGCGCUCUGGGCCUUUCGGGCAGCUCUUCAGGCCAGACAACUUCAUCUUUGGACAAACUGGUGCAGGAAACAACUGGGCAAAGGGCCACUACACAGAAGGGGCAGAGCUUGUGGACUCAGUGCUGGAUGUGGUGAGGAAGGAGUGUGAGCACUGUGACUGUCUGCAGGGCUUCCAGCUCACCCACUCCCUGGGGGGCGGGACAGGCUCAGGCAUGGGCACGCUGCUUAUCAGCAAGAUCAGGGAGGAGUAUCCUGACAGAAUCAUGAACACCUUCAGUGUCAUGCCCUCUCCCAAAGUCUCGGACACUGUGGUCGAGCCCUACAAUGCCACCUUGUCCGUGCACCAGCUGGUGGAGAAUACAGACGAGACCUAUUGCAUUGACAACGAGGCCCUGUAUGACAUCUGCUUUCGCACCCUGAAGCUCACCACGCCCACCUACGGGGACCUCAACCACCUGGUGUCAGCCACCAUGAGUGGGGUCACCACCUCCCUGCGCUUCCCAGGCCAGCUCAAUGCUGACCUCCGAAAGCUGGCCGUGAACAUGGUCCCUUUCCCCCGCCUGCACUUCUUCAUGCCUGGCUUUGCACCCCUGACAGCCAGAGGCAGCCAGCAGUACCGGGCCUUGACGGUGCCUGAGCUGACUCAGCAGAUGUUUGAUGCCAAGAACAUGAUGGCCGCCUGUGACCCCAGACACGGGCGUUACCUGACCGUAGCCACUGUCUUCCGUGGUCCAAUGUCUAUGAAGGAGGUGGAUGAGCAGAUGCUGGCUAUCCAGAACAAGAACAGCAGCUACUUCGUGGAGUGGAUCCCCAAUAAUGUCAAGGUGGCCGUGUGUGACAUCCCCCCUAGGGGUCUCAAGAUGGCCUCCACCUUCAUUGGGAACAGCACAGCCAUCCAGGAGCUGUUCAAGCGCAUCUCGGAGCAGUUUUCUGCUAUGUUCCGCCGGAAGGCUUUCCUGCACUGGUUUACAGGAGAAGGCAUGGAUGAAAUGGAAUUCACAGAAGCAGAGAGCAACAUGAAUGACCUGGUAUCUGAAUACCAGCAGUAUCAGGAAGCCACAGCCAAUGAUGGCGAAGAAGCUUUUGAAGAUGAUGAAGAGGAGAUCAAUGAGUAAAAGUGUGCCUGUCUCCAAUAGUUCUAUUUGGAUGUUUUUCUCUGUAACUGGUGCAUCCUCACUUUAAUGGUCUGUGUGGUAAUAGUCCCUCACAAAUGAAAUAAAAUCGUACAAUCAGUCAUUUGGUAUAAAGUAUAUUAAAAUGGCAGAGAAUUGGCAGUUGGACCAAACCAGUAGAUUGGGGAAUUUUCUAGUGGUGGAAGACUUGAACUAACUAAUGGGCCACAAAUAAGAGACUGAAUAAAGUUCACCUCUGUUACAUGUUUAGUGAUGUCUUAGAAUUUGCAGGAAGUUAGAAACAGUGCUUUUCAUCCUUUGUGAAGAAACCUGAAGCAGUAUUGCCUUAUACUGAAUGUGAUAUUGAUUGAACUUGGAAACAUCUAUUCAUAAUAAAACACUAAUAAAACUCUUCGCUUC